CUCCUCAUUCUUUCUCUCCAAAGGCUUCAAAAAUAUAGAGAGAGAAAGAGAGAAGGCAAGAAAUGCGAGCAGUGUAGAAUUAUGAACUAGCUUUGAAACCCCCAAUUUGUUUUCGCGAGCUUUAAUUUUUUGCGCUGAAGAAGAUUGAACAGUUUUCUUGAACACAUAUCAUGGGCAACAGCGAAGAUGGAAAAGCUUCGAGUACUGAGAAAGUGUCUUCACCUAUGGCAGUGAGUCAGGAUCAGAACAACGUCCACGUGUACCCCGACUGGGCGGCAAUGCAGGCUUUCUAUGGUCCCCGAAUGGCUGUCCCGCCUUAUAUGAACUCAGCCGUCGCUUCUCCUCACACGCCUCUCCCGUACAUGUGGGGUCCGCCACAGUCGAUGAUGACGCCAUAUGGGACGCCGUAUGCCGCAUUCUAUCCUCACGGAGGCGUUUAUGCUCAUCCCGGCAUCCCUCUUGUCAUGCAGGCUGGUACACCUUUAAGUGUCGACGCGACGGCGAAGUCACCAGGCAACACUGAUGGAGGUUUUGUGAAGAAGUUGAAAGAAUUUGACGGGCUUGCAAUGUCGAUUGGGAAUGGAAAUGCCGAAAGUGCCGAAGGUGAAGCCGAACAUAGACAAUCUGACAGUGAGGCGACCGAAGGUUCCAGCGAUGGAAGUAAUAGAGUUACUACAGUGGCUGCUGAUGACCUUAAGAAGAGGAAGAUAAAACGAUCUCUGAGCAGAGGUGAUAGCAAAGGUCGAAAAGAAGGCAGCUUAGUGCCAGUGGUGGGAGGCGAGGGAGGAUCUGAGAAGAUAAUCGAUGCUAUUCCUCUGAAAAUGAUGGAGAACACUAACACUGCAUUGGAACUGAAGGAUCAUUCCCUCAGUCUGAAGUCAAGCCCGAGUAAUGGUCCGCAGCAAUCGUUGCCCAAUGAACCUUGGCUGCCGGAUGAAAGAGAGCUGAAACGGGAGAGGCGGAAACAGUCCAAUAGGGAAUCUGCAAGAAGAUCUCGCCUUCGGAAGCAGGCCGAAACCGAGGAGCUAGCUGGCAAAGUGCAGGCACUAACUGCCGAGAACUUGUCUCUCACAGCGGAAAUAAACAAACUAAUGGAAAGCUCGAAGAAACUGAAGCUCCAAAAUGUUGCACUAACGGAAAAGCUGAGAGCUGCGCAGGUCGGGCAAAUGGCUGAUAUGAAUUCUCAGAAUGCUACCAACGAUGAUGAUCCGAGCCUAAAGCCCAUCGGAACAGCGAACCUAUUGGCGAGAGUUAACAACAAUGAUUCGGGCGACAGGAAAACCGACGAAAGCGAUACAUACAGUGGAAAUAAUCGCCCGGGAGCUAAGCUUCAUCAGCUUCUUGAUGCUAACCCGAGAGCUGACACCGUAGCGGCGAGCUGAGGUAAUUUUGGCGUAAUUACAAGUCCAAGAUUGCUUUUUUCUAACAAUAGCAAUGGAGUGAAGAGAGUAUUGUGUGUCUUAAUUAAUUAAAUGAAAAAGGGUAAGGUAUGGUGAGAUGAGAGUAAGCUAAUUUAAAGAGGUAUUGUUGUUGUUGUUGUAUUUAUGUUGUCCCGGCGGAACCUGGAAUCUAUUUUAAUGUUCAGAUUGAUGCUGGGGAAGAAGAUAGCAAGAAAUAAUUGUGGGAAAUUUAGACUUAGAGGGUGUGAAAUUGUUGUAAACUGUCGUCGGACAUCCUCAUUCUGAUGGCUGAUUUGAAGAGAGAGAGAGGACAUUUGGAUGUAAUAAUGUGUAAGGAGUUGUGUAUGUCUGUUUAAAACCAUAAAUAGGAAGGAAUUUGACAUAA